AUGCCGUCCAAGGUCUACCACUCUCCGUUCCCGGAUAUCGACAUCGAGUCUGUGGACUUAAUUUCGUAUCUUUUUUCAAACCCCUUGGGUAACCCUCUGGACCGGCCAUUAUACAUCGAUGCGGUCUCCGGGAAACAGUACACCUUUAGUGAUGUCGUCCAGCGCACCAAAUCUCUAGCAAAUGGACUUCGCCAGAGCUUUGGUCUCAAAGCAGAUGAUGUGGUCGCAUUUUUCAGUCCCAACACCAUAGACUAUCCAGUGGUGAUGUAUUCAAUUAUUGGGUCUGGCGCCAUAUUGUCCCCUACAAGCGCAGCCUUGACGUCGCUGGAGCUCAAUGCCCAGCUUAAAACAAGUCAAGCUCGGUUCAUCAUUGCCCAUUCAUCUUUGCUCGAGACAGCACAAAAAGCUCUGAAAGGCACUUCCGUGGAAAAUAUCAUCAUUCUGGAUGGCUCCGCCCCUAUCAAUGGCCAGCCUACCUGUGAGCAUCUUGCUAGCACAUUCCCACCUGCUGCUCUAUCGACAAUUUCAUCAGCCGAUGCCGCCGAGAAAAUUGCAUUCAUUUGCUUCUCAUCUGGUACAUCUGGUCCUUCCAAAGGUGUCAUCACCACACACCAGAAUAUGACAUCCAACCUGCAACAAUGGCGUUCCCUCAAGAUGGAGUCCGGUCAACCUGAUGAACGAAACCAACGCGACUCAACAAUUGCAUUCCUCCCACUCAGUCACAUUUACGGGCUCAACAUCUACAUGUGCCAAUGCCUACUCUGGGGCACCUCCGUUAUAGUUAUGGCCCGAUUCGAUCUCGAAUUGUAUCUGAGCUGUAUUCAAAAAUACCGGCCGGAAGACCUUGCAUUGGUGCCUCCCGUCGCACUCAUGCUUGUCAAAGACGAACGAGUUUCCAAGUACAAUCUGAGUAGUGUCAAGCGCAUCAUGUCUGCCGCGGCCCCCUUGACUAAUGAGCUUCGCUCUACACUUGAAAAGAAGUUCAAGGAUCUCUUCCGAACGGAGGUCUUCUGUACCCAGUCUUGGGGGCUCUCUGAAACGUCUCCUCUGGCCACUGGAUUCCCGAAUAGUCGCAUGGAUAAGAGAGACUCGGGAGUUGGAUGCAUUGCUCCCAGCAUGGAAUUCCGCUUUGUUGACCCAGAGACUAUGUUGGAUGUUGCCACAAACCCAGACGGAUCGAGCCAGUCGGGUGAAAUCUGGUGUCGUGGACCUAAUGUGACUCGAGGCUACUACAGGAACGAAGCCGCGACCAUGGGCUCAUUCCACAUUGACUCUGACGGCACUAGGUGGUUCCGGACUGGAGACAUUGGUACGAUCGACAAGGAAGGCUAUGUGGCUAUUCACGAUCGCAUCAAGGAGAUGAUCAAGUACAAGGGUCUCCAGGUGAUUCCAAGCGAGUUGGAAGGAAAACUAAUCGAGCAUCCCGACAUCGAUGACGCCGCUGUUAUCGGUCAGUGGGUUGAUGAGAAAGCUACUGAGCUUCCGGUUGGAUUCGUGGUGCUCAGUCGCCAAGCGAAAGAAAAGGACCACAAGACCGUGAUUGACGGGAUUCAUUCAUGGUUAGAUCCGAAGAUCGCUAACCACAAGCGAUUCCGAGGCGGAAUCUAUGUAGUGGAUCAAAUCCCCAAGAGCCCGAGCGGAAAAAUUCUCAGAAGACAGCUCAAGGAGACUUUGAAGAUCAAGGGACCCAAAGCGAAUCUGUGA